AUAUAAUACAAGCUGCAUACUAUUAAAUAAUUUUAUAAUCCUUAAUUCUUUUUAUUUUGAUUAAUUCAUAUAUUUACAAUGCGUUACAAUAAUUCUCGUUCUACAGAAGAAUGUCCUUUAACAAAAAAUAGAAAUUAUAAAUAUAGUUUAAGUAUAUAUUGUGGAGAUGGUUUAAAAUUCAUUAUAAGUUGUUUUACUAUUUUAACCAUUUCUAUUACAACAACAUUAAUUUUACAAAUAUUAUAUGCUGAAGGAGGUCCACAGAAUAAAGUUGGUAUUCAUGGUGCAGUUGCAACAGAUUAUACAAAUUGUUCACAAAUUGGAACUAAGAUAUUACGAAAAAAUGGUAAUGCAAUAGAUGCAGCUAUUGCAGCGACUAUUUGUAUGACAGUAGUAGCUCCACAUAAAACUGGUCUCGGUGGUGGUGGUUACAUAAUGAUAUAUAAUCAUAAAGAACAAAUAGAACCAAUUAUUAUUGAUUUUGUCAAUAAUACAAUUGAAGGCAAUUUUGAACAAAGUGGAAUACGUAUACCUGCAGUAUUACGAGGAUUAGAAUAUGCACAUAAAUUAAAAGGUAAAUUAUUAUGGAAUGAAAUUGUUGAACCUUCUGUAUCUUUAGCAAAAAGAGGAUUUGUUGUAUCAAAGGAAUUAGCUACUGAAGUAUCAAAAAACAUCAAUUAUGAGAUUUUAUAUGGACAUAUUAGUGCAGGAGAUAUAUUAAAGUUACCUGAUCUUAGUAACAUAUUAAAUGCUGUAGCAUUGAAAGGAACUAAUGUAUUAUAUAAUGGAACUUUUUCACAGAAAUUACUACAUGACAAAGUUAAACUUUCAAAAUUACUUCCGCAAUUGGUAAAAUAUGAACCUGAUAUAUAUGUAGCAAAAAAAUCUAGUUUUUAUAAACAUGCAGUAUAUUAUCCUCCACAUAUUUCAUUAUUAAAAUCAAUGAUUAUUGCACUGGAAAAUCUUAAAAUAUCAGCUGACAAUGCAUCUACAAUACAAACAGAGAUACAAGUAGCUAAAACAUUAAUAAAUGUUGUUUCAUUUCCAUUUCAAUUAAAACAAUAUGAAAAAGAAAAAUAUACUGGAGUUAUUGCAAUGGAUUGGGAAGAUACUUAUGUUUGUAUUAUAACUGGACUUAGUGCUCCAUUUGGUCUCGGAUAUAUGUCAAAUGCAGGUUUUUUAUUAGAUAAAACAGAUACCAAUAAUACUUUAUCUGUGCUUGUUCCAAUAAUUUUUCAUAAUGAAAGAGCGUUAUGUGGAUUACGAGGAGUAUUUGGAACUGAUGAUAUAUCAAUUAUUGGACAAUUAUUGUAUAGUAUUAUAAUUCGUCAAUUAAAUAUUUCUGAAGCUAUUGAAUAUCCAAGAUAUUAUUUUUCAUCAAAUGGUCUUGCUAUAGAAAAUAAUCAAAAACACUCUGUAAAUAUAUUAAUACAAAAUCAACUAAAUUUAAUAGUACCAAUAUCAUAUUUGGAUACUGAUAUAGUAAAAAGCGUAAAUGCAAUCAUAAAAAGAAAAGAUCUAAUGUCAAGUCAUUCAGAUAGUCGUGGAGGUGGUCUUGCAUCAAGAUUUUAAUAAAUUAUUUAUUUUUAUCUUUUUUUUAUUAAAUAUAUUAUUUCUUUUUUUAUUAUAUAUAUUUAUAUAUAUUAAAAAUAAUCAUAAAAUAAGAUUUUUAACAAAUCUUAAUAAACUAUAAUUGAAUGAACUUUUCUAAAAUAAAGAAAAUGAUGAAU